GCAUGGCUGGGCUUUUCAGCUUCCUGGGCAAGGUGAUUGAGCGCAUUGCCGGCCCGGAGGAGGAUUCUGAUGAUCAAAGCCCACCUUCACCGAAGCCUGCUCCUGGUCCUGCGAGACUUGGACGUGCGCAGCCUCAACCGUCGCCAAGAAAUGCUUGGAAGACUCCAGCCGUGAUGACCAGCUGGCAAUCUGGGCAGGCGGUAAGGAUCAGCAACCUGCCCAAUUCACACCUGAAUGGUCAGGUUGGUACUGUGGUGGGCCAGGAUACUGAGAGUGGCAAGUGGGUGGUUCGACUUGAGAAGGACUCACAAGAGGUGGUGCUCAGCGCCAACAAUAUGGAAGUGGCCCCGCCAGACGCAACCUCCACAACUUCAUCAAGUGGGUCAGAGAUUCCUUCGCCUGAGAUGCCCAAUGCUACUUCCCAUUCCAUGCAGCAGCCAGGGCAGCCCAAACUUGCACCCCAACAGAACCACUUCGAGGAAUGGUGUGCUGCGCAUUUGCAAGGCUUUGGAAGGCAAAAGCAGCUCACCAUUUUGCUGUUGGGGCAGACUGGCAGCGGCAAGUCCUCGUUUUUGAACUUGUUGGGCAACUUUCCUACCGUGAUGCAGCAUGGGCAGGAAGCAGUUGCUGGCAAAAUGAGUGACUUUCGAAACUUGCAGUUUGAGAAUGAUUUGGAGAACCAAAAAAUCAGUCAGACUUCAGCUGCCACGGUUUAUCAGGUGGACAUGGGGCCACUGAGCCUAAAGAUAGUGGACACUCCUGGUUUUGGUGAUACCCGGGGCCGAGCCUUUGAUGAGAAGCACACAAAGAUGAUCGUUGACUGUGUGAAAGAAUUGGGCCAAGUCAAUGCCAUUGCUUUUGUGAUCUCCGGAAGAGAAUCGCGCUUGACUCCCCAGCUGAAGUAUGUGCUGAUGGAGGUGUGUGCAAUCCUUCCCAAAACCGCCAAGAACAACAUAGUGGCCAUCUUCACAAACACCACCAGCCCUUUGUACUUGAGCUUCGACAUUGAUGCCUUGAGCAGCAUGGUUGAACACCAGGUGACGCCUGAAAGGCAUAUCUUUAUCGAAAAUCCUUAUGUCCUUUGGGAGAGGUGCAGGCGAAACACAGGAAAGGUCGAUGAUGCAGCAGUUCAGAGGGACUUGGUCAAGGCUUUCAAAGAUGCCGGAGAAAACUUGGCAAAACUAUUUGCUGCCAUGCUGACCAUGCCCGCCAUGAACACAACAGAGUUUGAAAGGCUGUACAACUUGAGGCAAGCCAUUGAAUCAAGCACCAUGAAGAUUCUUGCUGAGUUAGAUUGUGCUCAGGAGGAGCAAAAGAACCUAGAGCACCAGAAGAAGGAGAUCGAGCGCGCCAAGACAGAGGAAGACAUGAACAAGCAAUACAAAAAGCAGUUCCACGGAAAGCGCUGGGUCUUCAAAAAUUCAGAUGGCCAUGGCACUUUCUGCGGAGUAAAGGAUUGUCAUUCCAAUUGUCAUGCUCCCUGCAAGAUGGAGAAGACCAUGGACAACGAAAAAUUCAAGAGUUGCGUCGCUUUCCAAUAUACAAGCAAGAGAGUCACUUUGCGUUCAGCGCAGGACAGGGAUUUUCUCCUCAAACGCAUGAAAGACACAGCUUGCUGGUUCUUAGUUGAUGAAGAUGGUGGAGAUUCAGCACCUGAUGUCGUCCUUUCAAAUGAGCGUCCAUUUCGGUUUCAGAACCAUCAGAUCAUGGAGUGGGCCUUUGUUUGGAUUUGUGAGAGUGCAGCUGCAGGGCAAUCUGUAUGGGCUGCGAAGAGCGACCUCAUGAAUCUUCGAUUCCCUGCGGAAGUCACCCUUUGCGACCACUCUGACCAGGACACCUGCAAGGAGUGUGGGCAUCAUCGCAAGUAUCACUUUCAUGACGACAAAAUAUGGUGCGAGGAAGAGUACAGCGAAGAAGUUGUGGAUGAGGAAACCAAGCAAAAGUACGAGGCUGCAAAAGACCUGAAAGAAAGGAAGGAGAAACUCUUGAAGGGCAUCCAGCGAAGGAUUGAGAAGUGUGAAAGGGAGCAGAAGAAGCUGGGCACAACGUUAAUGACAAAUAUCCGGCAGUUUGAGCAGCAUGGGCUUAGCAGAAACUAUGCAAUGCUGCUGCAGAACCAAAGGGACCUGUUCCAACAGCACAUCGAUGCCACCUUGGAGAACGACGACGGUGCAGAUGUUUCACAGUUGAAGAAGGCAAAGGAGGAAGUUGAGAAGGCGCUUCGCGUGGUCCAAGAGAAUUUGCUUCGCAACAAAGGCGCUGACUCACUGGAAUGGGCUUGCAGCAUGCUUGGCGUUUCGCGUGAGGCCACCUUGGAGGAAAUCAAACAGAAAUUCAAGGAGGAGGCGCGUCGUCAGCAUCCUGACAAGCAGGGCAAUGAUGAGAAGAUGAAACUCAUCAACGAAGCGUAUGAGAUCUUGAAGAAGCAGAAGGAGUCAAAGUGGUGGGGGCCCUUCUGAUGAGACUCUGAGACUCUGCUAGACGUGGGCCCCCACAAGCGUGGCCACAGUACCAAUUGAAUGCCGUUGCAAGCAGCAUGUGUAGACACUGAGCGGUCAAUUAAUUUUCCAUCAUAAUUUUAAGUCGCCUGACUUGCAGUACAGUAGGUGUGCCCGGGGCACUUGUCACCUAUCACCUACGAGCGCUUCAAGUGCAACACAGAAGUUAAAAGUG